GAUCAAGGCAACAAAUUUCAAUUACAAUCCCUAAUUUGUGUCCGCAGAGUGUUUUUUACCCAUGUUAGUCCUCUCUGGCGCAUCAGUUGAGGCAGAUCUUGGAGCUGCAGGAAGAGGUGGAGGGGGUGGGAGCGAAAGAGUCCAUCACUGAGAGAGAGCGCGAGAGACCGAGGGAAGGAAACUUGGCGGGCGCGUCGCUGGUUCCUGGGAUCCCAACACAAGCGCGAGAGAGGAAACGCCAAAUUUGUUUUUGCCCGGGCGGGGAAGAGGGCAGAUCUGGGCCUGCGGGAGGCCCCGAGAGUCGUUCAGAUUUUGGUGGGGGAAGGAGAGCGAGUGUGUGCGUGUGCCUGCGCGUGUGUAUAUGAGCGAGGGGCGGGCGCCGGGCGGCGGGGAUGGCCGAGAAGCGGAGGGGCUCGCCGUGCAGCAUGCUAAGCCUUAAGGCGCACGCCUUCUCCGUGGAGGCACUGAUCGGCGCCGAGAAGCAGCAACAGCUUCAGAAGAAGAGGCGAAAGCUGGGCGCGGAGGAGGCGGCCGGGGCCUUAGAUGACGGAGGCUGCAGCCGCGGCGGCGGCGCCGGAGAAAAGGGCUCCUCUGAGGGAGACGAAGGCACUGCGCUCUCGCCGCCGGCUGGGGCGGCAUCCGGGCCCAUCCGGAGCUGCGCAGACCUGGAGCGGAGCUGCGGCUCCCGCGGAGCCGCGGGCGGCUGUGAGGACGGCUUCCUGCAGGGCGCUUCCCCACUGGCAUCCCCAGGAGACUCCCCGAAGGGGUCCCCGGUGCCCACCCUGGCCCGGCCCGGGACCCCGCUGCCGUCGCCGCAGGCCCCGCGGGUGGAUCUGCAGGGAGCUGAGCUCUGGAAGCGCUUUCACGAGAUCGGCACGGAGAUGAUCAUCACCAAGGCCGGCAGGCGCAUGUUUCCAGCAAUGAGAGUGAAGAUAUCAGGAUUAGAUCCUCACCAGCAAUAUUACAUUGCCAUGGAUAUUGUGCCAGUGGACAACAAAAGAUACAGGUAUGUUUACCACAGCUCUAAAUGGAUGGUGGCGGGCAACGCGGAUUCCCCUGUGCCACCUCGGGUGUACAUUCAUCCGGACUCGCCUGCCUCAGGGGAGACUUGGAUGAGACAAGUGAUCAGUUUCGACAAGCUGAAGCUCACCAACAACGAACUGGAUGACCAAGGCCACAUUAUUCUUCAUUCUAUGCACAAAUACCAACCACGAGUCCAUGUCAUCCGUAAAGACUGUGGGGAUGAUCUUUCUCCCAUCAAGCCUGUUCCAUCUGGGGAGGGAGUGAAGGCAUUCUCCUUUCCAGAAACUGUUUUCACCACUGUCACCGCCUAUCAGAAUCAGCAGAUUACUCGCCUGAAGAUAGAUAGGAAUCCCUUUGCCAAAGGCUUCCGAGACUCUGGGCGUAACAGAAUGGGUUUGGAAGCCCUUGUGGAGUCAUAUGCAUUCUGGAGACCUUCACUACGGACCCUCACCUUUGAAGAUAUCCCUGGAAUUCCCAAGCAAGGAAAUACAGGUUCCUCCACCUUACUCCAAGGUUCUGGGAAUGGCGUUGCGGCCACCCACCCUCAUCUUCUGUCCGGCUCCCCUUGCUCGUCUCCAGCCUUCCAUCUGGGACCCAACACCAGCCAGCUGUGUAGUCUGGCCCCGGCUGACUACUCCGCGUGCGCUCGCUCCAGCCUAACCCUCAACCGGUACAGCACGUCCUUAGCCGAGACCUACAACAGGCUGACCAAUCAGACGGGCGAGACCUUCGCCCCGCCCAGGACUCCCUCCUACGUGGGCGUGAGCGGCAGCGCCUCGGUGAACAUGUCCAUGGGCGGCACGGAUGGGGACACCUUCAGCUGCCCACAGACCAGCUUAUCCAUGCAGAUUUCUGGGAUGUCCCCCCAGCUCCAGUACAUCAUGCCUUCACCCCCCAGCAACGCCUUUGCUGCUAACCAGACACACCAGGGUUCCUAUAACACGUUCAGGUUACACAGCCCCUGUGCCUUGUAUGGAUAUAACUUCUCCACAUCCCCCAAACUGGCUGCCAGUCCUGAGAAAAUUGUUUCUUCCCAAGGAAGUUUCUUGGGGUCCUCACCGAGUGGGACCAUGACGGAUCGGCAGAUGUUGCCCCCCGUGGAAGGAGUGCACCUGCUUAGCAGUGGGGGUCAGCAGAGUUUCUUUGAUUCUAGGACCCUAGGAAGCUUAACUCUCUCAUCAUCUCAAGUGUCUGCACAUAUGGUCUGAUGAAGCCUUUAAGUUAAACUACAUUGGAAUCUGGCUAAUGUAUAUUCUUUCUUCGUUUUCCUUGUCUUUUCUUUCUGGAAAGAAAUAUGAAAAGAAACUUAUCAGUAGCUUGUAAAAUGUACAUAUAAUAGAAAAUGAAGGCUCACUGAGUUUUUUUGACUUUCUCAUGGUGAGAUUGUAAUUAUCUUUGGUACAUAUGUAUACUGUAUAUGGCAUGUGGAGUUUUGCAGCCUACAAAACCACAUCCUCCCUCUAUUUUUCCCCCAGUUACACAGAGUAUUGGCAUAAAUGUAGUAUGUUUAACCAAAGUUCUCAUACUUUUUAAAAAACCAAACAGCAAACUUAAAACUUGGCAAUGACACUAACCAGACUAAGACGUAUAACUUAAUUUAUCAGGAAAAUGCUCUACACAGUUUCCUACUUGAGGGUUGAUAACCAGCAGUAACCAGCACACAGAGUCUUGUGAUUUCUGUUAUUCUUGGGCACAAUGUGAGAACCUAAGUCAGUAGAAGUCUUAGUAAUAGUACUGAGGUAUUUGUAAUCAUGAAGGAUUAGCUUUUGUGUUCCUACUUGCUCUUAUUUAUCACAGGUAUUAGGUGACUUUGGUCCUAUAAAAAUUCAUAGUCCAUAAUAAUUACUUUCUUAAGGAAAAUGGAAAGGCUUGUUUGUGAUUUUUUCACUUUCUAUUGGACAUGUAAGAGGUAUUUAUUCAUCUGCAGAGAAUAAAUUUCCAGCAUUUUGGAUGUUUUGCUCAUUUUAUUUAGUAUCAAGUAGACUAUUAAAGAAUGUCCUAUAGACAUUUUUAAAUUCCAGUUUUCACCAGGGGAGGAAUAUAUGAUAUGACUGGAAUGGCAAAAAGAAAAUAAAUCCACCUCAAAUUCUUUGAUUCCAAUGAGAAAUGUCUAGCUUUUUAAAUCAAGAAGAAGAAUGUUGUUAGCUAUCCCUUAGGUUUUUAUAGUGGUUUUUUUUUUUUAAUUCAGGAUUUUUUUCCAUCUUGCUUUGCGAUUCCUGACCCAUGGUCUAUUAGUAAGGGAAAAAGGCAUUUAUGCUACUUAUUUAUGUCUCAUAACUCCUACAAAUUGAAACCUUCCCCCCUCCUGAACCUUGUCCCUUUGUCUGAGUCUUUCUCAAAACAGAUAGAUUCUAGGCCUUCAUGGUGUUAAAUAACGCUGUAAGGAAUUUCAGGGGGUUAUCUCCAGCAAUCUGUCUUUUGGGGGUUGCAGUGCAAAGGCCAAAGCCCAUUACUAUAAAGUUCCUCUUGGAAGACUAAGGAGGAAGAUACCAAUUAUGAUAAAGGAGCUGUAAAACUUUUAACCUCAACAUCAUUUUUAACCUCGAAACUGAAAAAAAAAAAAACGAAAACAGCAUUAUUUUUUAAAAACCCCUAAAACAAUGUAUACAGGGUUUCGAAGCAUGUAGUAACUUUGAUAGCACAUAAUGAGAUGAAUAGGAAAGGCUAAGAAUGCAAGGUGAAGAGCAUUACCAUAUGUCUAUUGAGGAUAAAGUCAUGUGUCCACUGACUCACUACAUUUCAUAUAUUUGCCAAGCGAAAGCAGUGUGUUUCAGUGCUAAACAGAAUGGCUUUAACCCAUCCCUAGGUUAGAUGGGGCUAGGGCAAAGCUCCUGGUUUGCUUCUUUACUUUAAAACAACAUGGCUGUUACAUCUUGAGGGAGAUUACUAUUUAAACAGUAUUUGUACAGAAUGUGACUCUGUUUAUAUAUACUGAUAAAUUUCCUCAUGGGUUCUCUAACAGUUUGUCAAAUUAGUAUUGAUCUUUAAAUUUAAAAUUAGCAUGAAGGCACAUGACGUAUAUCCAAUAGGUAGAUCUACAUAAGAUGUUUAUGUAUGGUAUUAAUAACUUGACAAAGAUUUGGGAAAAGUCCUUAUUAUGAGUACAUCCCAGCCUCAGUGCUUGGUAUAAUUUAAGGAGAACAAGAGAGUUUUCCAUCUGGAGAAAACAUAGAAAGUAAUGAUCUGUACCUAUAUGCAUUAAUAAGAAGAGAAUUUUCCUUUUUGCUCUUUGUGAUUUGAGAUGACACCGCAAUACAAGUAGAAUUUUUAAUUAAUCUUUUCUUUUCGAUUUGGCAAUAUUGUACAAAUGCUGUUUCCUUUAGGUUUUACUGUAAAUAUUAAUCAUCAUGUCACUUCAAAGACUAGCCUUUUAUCAUUAUAUUAAAUGACAUACAGGCAUUGAUAAUUAUAAUUAUAUAUCUGUAUUUUAUUAAAAAAUGCUUAAGAAAUUAUAUAUUAAAGUGUGUUACUAAACCCUU